AUGGUCCUGGCGAGAGCCAACACCGAAGAGCUCCAAAAGAAGCCGAUUUCCCAUAACGAGGUCUCGCUGACGGCCAAUUCAAACAAAGCUGCUGUCAAGUCCGAGCCACCGACCACGCUUUCGCAUGCGAACUUUUUUUUCCGCCACUUGUCAACCACAAAAGCAACAACGGCAGCGGUGGCAGGAUCCAAGGGACGCAAGAUGACCACACUCAGUGCCGCCAAGUCCGCCUCCACCCCCACAAUUCCGAAUUCCGACAACAAAACCCCUAACAAGAUCGACAAAAAGAUCCCCAGCAAGCCGGACAAAAGUACAGAUUAUAAGACAACAAACACAAAAGAACUCAAAGCCACCUCCAAGCCCACUACUAAGACCGAUAGGAAACCCACACCCAGCGCUAAAGAAAGCUCCAAGGACACCACUAGGAAGGGAGGGAAACCCACCACCAAGCCUUACAUCAAGUCCGACUCCAAGGCCCCCUCAAAGGCCGAAGGGAAGACUAACUCCAAGCAAGGGUAUAAGACGACGACAAUGAAUGAACUAAAGGGCACAUCAAAGACCCCCUCAAAGACCGACACAAAACAGAUUCCCAAAACCAAGCCAAAUACCAAGAUAACCACCAAGAUCGAUGCAAAACCUGGCACCAAAUUGCAACACCCAAAGCCCGACACCAAGGGCUCUAAGUCCGACACCAAGGGCUCCAAGUCCGACACCAAGGCCCCCGCAAAGACCGACACAAAACCACCCGCUCCCAGCUCUAAACCCCAAACGAAAAUCAGCACAAAGAUCGCCGCAAAGCCUCAAAUGAAGAGCCCUCAGCCCGACUCCAAAGCUGCCACAAAGGUUCAAACAAAACCUAACUCCAAGCAGGAAUAUAAGACAACGACAAAGAGUGAAGUGAAGGCCACCUCGAAAACGCCCACAAAGGCUGACACAAAACUCCCCCCCGGAACCAAAUCAAACACCAAGGUCACCACCAAGAACGACUCAAAGCCCACCGCCAAGCCUAAAACCAAAGUUUCUAAGACCGAAACCAAGGCCACCACAAAGACCGACACAAGCCCUAACCCCAGGCAAGAAUAUAAGACAACGCCGAACAUUGAAUCCAAUACCGCUACAAAUGCCCCAACUACGAUCAACUCAAAACCCACCACACCCACUGACAUCAAGACUACCCUGCUCGAUACCAAGGACUCCACAAAGGCCGACACAACACCAACCGCUAGGGCAGAGAGUUUGAUCACUACCCAAGGGGAAAUCAAGACAACCACCAAUACCCCUACUAUGAUCGACACAAAACCCACACCGAGCGCUAAGGCCACCACCAAACAGCCCGAGAGCAAGACCGAUCAGGUGCCCAUCGGUAAGACAGACGCAACCAAGACCAAGGGCAAGGCAGACAGCAAAACCGAGGCGAACACCCAACCCAAAAAACAGUCUAAAACGGACACCAAGUCUAACUCUAAGACGGACACCAAAGCCCAUUCGAAGACGGACACCGAGAGUCACCCCAAGACCCAUGCCAAGACAGAGCCAAAGACCAAUGCCAAGACCGAGACCCAUGCCAAAGCACACCACAAGCCCCACUCGAAGACCCAACCGAAGACUCAUCCCAAGCCCCAUGCCAAGCCCCACCCCAAGAGCCAUUCCAAGACCCACGGUAAGGCCCAGAAUCACCAAAACAAGAUCAAUGCCAACAAGACCGACACAAAAACCCCCACGAAAACUCAAAAGACUCGCCGUUCCAGCCGCGGCAAUGAAACGGUCAUCCAGAAUCCUGAUGUAAUCCACCAAGGAAACGAAUCAAAUUGGAAACUCCUGGAGACUCCCAAGCCGGAACUGAUAUCAACUACGCCCGUGGUUCCUGUUAAGGCAGAAAUAAUGUCAACUCUGACUACGGUUCCGACUCUACCGACGACCACCAGUCGUCCCCCUCUUGAAGGAUUCGCUCUAGUCGAAGCGGCGAGCUUGCAGGAGGUUGAUCUAGCCAUUCACAAAAUGAUGGAAAGCACCACUGUAAGCAUCAAAGAUAAAGGGCUUCGCUGA